AGUCGGACAUGAAAGCAGAGUCGUGUAUCAACAUUAGUUAGUCGAUAAUUAAUUUUAAUAAUGAGCAGAGUGGUUGCUGCAACUAUUCUUAUACUUUCGUUCGUGAUUUUGCUAGACAUUCUGGAGGGAGCACGGCAAAAAAGUGCUUCAAAAACUUUUGGUGCGGGUAAAAGCAGCAAAAGACAAGGUUUAAAAAAACAAAAAAGAAAUACGAUAAUCAAAUGCUGCGGAGAAUUCUCGUGCUUCAAAGGGACUAAGAAUUUGACUUCGACUAGUUCAACUAAAACCACAAGUCUUUUGAAAGCAAUGUCUCCAGCCAUCACGAUUAAGGAAGAACAACAAACGGAGCAGGGAAUUUCUGAAAUGACCACCGAAUCGCCAACAGAGGAAACUUUCCUGACAACCCAGCCGCCCCAAAUCAUCAAGACUUCUGUUCUUGUGCCACAUGUCAUCCCUACGAUAACAACAACUAUUUUGGUUGAAAUUAGCACUGCCUCUGAACCGAAAUCUACUGAAACCAGCAGUAGUUUUUGGACAGUUCCAACUUCAGAAGUAAGGGCAACUUCUACAACUACAAUAGUUGCUACUACAACAACCACUUCAACUACCACCACCUCCACUACAACCACCACCUCCACUACAACCACCACACCUCCGUGCGUUAAAUCCAACUGCCAGACUUUCAAUUUGCUCCAGCAAAUGGUAAACGCAACAACACCAAAGCCCUCUGCGCUGACUGGAGCUACUUUUGCUUCCUGUGGCCGUUCAUAUUUUGUCGGAUCGCAAGCAGCGACGGUUUCGUUAGCGUCCUUGAAUUGCAAGGCUAAAAAUUUGAGUCUUGUUUCCAUCGGAUCGACAGAUGAAUUUUCAUGUCUGCUGGAUUUGUACAAUUCUGUUCAAAGUUUCGGCCUUACCUACUGGACUAGCGGCUCAAAUGAGGGCGAUUUUUGCGACACCCUGAACGUCUACAGCUGGUGCGCUUUGAACGACACCCUAUUGUCACCACUGCUCUUUCGAGAAGUCGGCAACGAUUCUUUUUGGACGAAUUUGACGGCCGCAAAUCAAACAACCGACCGGUGUUUGGUCUUCAAAUUCAACACCACUAAAAUCGAACGCAAAGGAUUGCAACACGUAGAGUGCAACAAAACCUUUCCCUACAUAUGCGAGCCUCCUUGCCUGGAACCAAGCUGCCCACCCAGCUGCAAGAUUAACAAAACUCUAUUCGACGCGAAUCAAAAGGUCAAAGAUCAACUUUCGUACGGAUUUUGGACGCAACGUUGUGGCAGGCAAUAUUUGUUUGGAAACAGGCCCGUGACCUGGGAGGAGAAUUGGAAUUUGUGUUGCAGUCUGGGGAUGGCCCCUUUGGUUUUGGAAACUUACGAGGAGCAGAUGUGCUUGGAAAACAUGACCAGAAGCAACUGGACUUUGAAUUUCAAUUACUGGACGGCGGGCACACAAAAAGAAUGUCCCGGUCAGUGGUCCUGGUGCGACCCUGGCAACAACUACCUUCACCUGAAAAACAGUCUCAAGUGGGAAAAAGGCCAGCCGGACAACAACGGUGGCAAGGAGGACUGCGUGCACCUCAGGUUUGUUAUGAAUGAGACCGGCACAAUUUUGACGGACAGAAACUGCACCAGCAAGUACAUCUUUCUGUGUGAGAGUCCGCCUGGCGACAUACCGAAACCACCUUGCGCUCAGCCAACGUGCCCAAUUGCAAAUGAGAAAAAUCAAUCACUCUUCUCUGGGAAUGAGCUGAUGAAUUUUUACAGUUACGGUUCUUGGGUGGCGUCUUGUGGACGAAAUUUCUUGUUUUCAAAAACUAAGGCGAAUUACUCUGAAGCAUGGAAGGGAUGCAUGAGCAUAGGAUUGAGUUUGCUCUCCCUUGAUUCUGUUGAGAAAACCAAAUGCUUCACGAAAAUGACAAACAAAUAUUCUGCAGCGGUCAAAGACGGCGAUUAUUGGACUUCGGGUACCAACUCGAAUUGUUCCGAAAAGUUCCACUGGUGCUCAAAAGAUUCUGGUUUCGUCGAUAAACAAGUCUCUUGGAAAAGUGGCGAACCGAAUCGCGCAAAUGGCGAGUGUGUUUACGUAGAAGUGAGAAACGGAACGGUUGAAAGGUCGGUGAUUGCUGUCGGCAAUUGUUCCGAGGCCAAACAGUACGUUUGCGAGGUUCGGCAGCGGGGACCUGCUGGGAGGGCUUUGGCAGUGGAGUGCAUGUCACUCUGGGACAUAACUGAGGCCGACACUGAAAUACUUUUGCUUGGCUUUAACAAUUACACUAAGAGAUUGACGUGCUUUAUGAAAUGUCUAGGGGAGGAUAAGAAAAUCUUUGUGGGUGGAAAACUGAACGCCGGCGACACUUUAAAAAUGAUGGAAAUAGCCACGCAGGACACGCCGGAUCAAAUGGAAAAAGGUUUCAACGGAUUUUCGCAAUGUUCGUCACAAACAGGGGACGAUGAGUGCGCCGUGGCUGCAGCUUCCUAUGACUGCGGCGUUGAGAAAAUUCCGGACAUCACAAAGAAAAUGGUCGAAAAUGGGAAAGGCAGCCCUGUCGAGUUGAUUCCACCCGUCCCCUGCGUGCCUGCCAGAAAUUGCAUUACAGAUUCGUUGCCAUGUGUCGCAAAUCAAACUUUGGUUGAUCAAAUUGCAAACACCAAUAAGACUUCAUUUGGGCAGAUGAAAAUGUCAAAAUAUCAAAGUAGGCGAUUCUUCAUGUCAAAUUACAUAACUUUCAAUAUAUCGAUAGCUCACCAGUACUGCUGCUCCAUAGGAAUGCGGCUGAUGGAGUUUGAUACGUUUGAAGAUAUGCAAGAAGCUGCGGUCAUCAUUCGGCAACAGGGUUUAAAUACCAAUUACAUUGGAAUUUCGGAGGUGAUGUCCGUUGACUCCACGACCGACGUUUGGUGUGGAAGUCAGCGACGACUAAACGCUACUUUGUACGGCCCUAGUUAUGGUUUAUCACCCGCUGCGUUGUCAUGCACUCCCCAGAUUUACUUCUUGCAUGCGUUAUACACUAGCUAUGGCGCUUACAGCCAAGCAGCAGGUCUUAUUUUAACUACAGAUGUUCUUACUCCUGCUUAUUUCGUAUGCUCCAACAAUUAACCAUACCUUUUACCUCAUUCGAUACAUAUGCAAAAAUUUUAACGUACUUUGUUUAAUGAACUCGCAUUCAAAGUAAAAAAUUUUCAUCAAAACAUUUCCAUAUUCCUGGCCACAAAUCGCGCCUCUCAAUUUCCUACUUUACAAUAUUAAAUUUUUCAAAAAGAACUCCUUUUUUCAUGGUGAUUUUAAUUUAAAAUCGGCUUUUCCAAUUCAAAUCACCCUCGAUCGUGAAAUUCUAUCACAAAACUUCUUUUUUAAUUUCAACUGU